CGGCGAGGGUAUAAAUAGGCGCCACCCGGAGUUUGCGCUUCCUUUCAGUGAGGCGGUGUCAGUGGCGGCGGCGGCGGGUGGAGAAAAUGUCGUGUGGCUCUGCGGAUUACAGCUCUAAAGAACAUGGCCCAGAUGGAAUGGACCCAGAUGGUGUUAUUGAAAGUAACUGGAAUGAAAUUGUUGAUAACUUUGAUGACAUGAACCUGAAGGAGACCCUUCUUAGAGGAAUUUACGCAUAUGGAUUUGAAAAACCUUCUGCCAUUCAGCAGAGGGCAAUUAUGCCAUGUAUUAAAGGUUUUGAUGUCAUUGCCCAAGCCCAGUCUGGAACUGGCAAAACAGCCACAUUUGCAAUCUCAAUCCUGCAACAGCUAGAGCUGGAUAUGAAAGAAUCACAGGCCUUGGUGCUGGCUCCUACCAGAGAACUGGCACAGCAGAUCCAGAAGGUAAUCCUGGCCCUUGGGGAUUACAUGGGUGCCACUUGCCAUGCCUGCAUUGGUGGCACCAAUGUACGAAGUGAGAUGCAGAAGCUGAACGCAGAAGCUCCCAACAUUGUUGUAGGAACUCCAGGGAGAGUGUUCGACAUGUUGAACAGGGGAUAUAUAUCUUCUAGGUGGAUCAAGAUGUUUGUUUUAGAUGAAGCUGAUGAAAUGUUGAGUCGUGGAUUCAAAGAUCAAAUCUAUGAGAUUUUUCAGAAGCUGAGCACAAACAUUCAGGUGGUUUUGUUAUCUGCUACCAUGCCCAGCGAUGUCUUGGAGGUCACCAAAAAGUUUAUGCGUGAUCCAAUCCGUAUCCUUGUGAAAAAAGAGGAGCUCACCCUUGAGGGUAUCAAGCAAUUUUACAUCAAUGUGGAGAGAGAGGAAUGGAAGUUGGACACGCUGUGUGACCUAUACGAAACUCUAACAAUAACACAAGCUGUGAUUUUCCUUAACACGAGGAGGAAGGUUGAUUGGCUAACUGAGAAAAUGCACGCAAGAGACUUCACUGUCUCUGCAUUGCAUGGCGAUAUGGACCAGAAAGAACGUGACGUGAUUAUGAGGGAAUUCCGCUCAGGAUCUAGCCGUGUACUUAUCACUACUGACUUGCUGGCUCGUGGCAUUGAUGUGCAGCAGGUGUCUCUAGUUAUUAACUAUGACUUGCCUACAAAUCGUGAGAACUAUAUUCACAGAAUUGGACGUGGGGGUCGCUUUGGAAGGAAAGGUGUUGCUAUUAACUUUGUUACUGAAGAGGAUAAAAGGAUUCUUCGUGAUAUUGAGACAUUCUACAAUACAACUGUGGAAGAAAUGCCUAUGAAUGUGGCUGACCUGAUUUAAUGAUGGCAUGAGAAUUUGCAUUUGCAGCUGCUGAAUUAUCAGACUACAUGGUGCGUUGUGCUGCUUCACGAGUUGUUGAAUCUCUUCUCCCAUGUGCAAACAGGAUCAGAAAUCCAGCAUUGUGAUAAGUGACUUGAGGAACGCCAUCCUUUUGCAGUGUUGACUGCUGGGGUGGGAAGUUUAAGUCAUGGGGUGUUUAAAUGUAUAUGCCCUUCAGUGUUUUGAACGUUCUGUAGUAGCAUUUCUGUUCGAUAUUCUUUAUCACUUAAUAGUUUACUUAUGGACUAAAAAAUUCAAGUGCUGUGUUAAAUCAGCCAAUUAUGUCAAACUGGCAUAUCUACAACUAUUUUAAAAUGAAGCUUGCCAAUCAACUGGUAAAAUGUAUGUGCACUUUUUUCUAGAGUAAUCUAACUACAUGUAUUUGUAUUUAAUAAAAAGUUUUGAGUUGUGCAAAGAUCUACUUGUGCUAUGAUCUGCACAGUGUUGGCUUCCUAUUAGAUGGUUGCUAAAAAAUACCUUGUGUACAAAUGUGAGAAAUUUGGCAUUAGUUUUGAGGGAAACCAGAUGUUGUAACUGCAUUCCUGUAUUGCAUCUUUAUUUUUGUAAUUGUAGUUCUUUUUUGUUUAUUGUACAUGGGCUGUUCUAAUUUAUGCAAUCUGUCGCUAUCUGUCUUCCUAUUCUAAAUAUUUAUUUUUGUUUUCUCUAGAAAACAACCUACUAGGAGAUUGUACAGACUCUGCUCAGUAGUAAAAUACAGAUCUUUCAACUCUUAAACGAUGUUGAUCUAAGAUGCUUCUGGAGAGAGUUAAUGUAUGAGGAAAAACUACCUGUAAAUUUGCAAUGGUGGUGCAUGUUUGUAUGAUCUGAGCAAUAUAAAAUGCAGCAAGCCUAAGCAAAUGUAUUACAGGCUCAUUCCUGUGGUGUUUUCAAAUAAGAAACACUAUUAUCAGAGUUUUACACUCAAUAAACCUACUUUUAAAUGGGGUUUCUAUAAAAUCCGUAGCUUUAUAUAACUUGGCCAUUAAUCAGUAAGGUUUAAGCCAUGCAUGCACAGGAGUGGUUCAAUAUGCAAUGCUGGCCAGUUAGAAAUUGCAGUAUUCCAGCCCCUGUGAGGCUAACAUUCAUAUUGAAGGGCAAAAAGUUAUAUAAAACAUUAUGUAGGUUUAGAGAAGCAAUUUGAUUUGUGUAUAAUUUCUGCAUUUUCUUUUUUUGUAUGGCUUCCAGAUAAUCAGUGCCCCGGCUGACUUGAACCUACAUUGAAGUCUUUACAACAGUAAUGUUUUGCACCUAUUAAAUUCUGCUGAAUUGCAAUUUGUAAGGUGGAAUUUGAGAAGUUAGCAUGUAAAGCUAUUAAAGUUAAUUUGAACUUGAAAUGUUGACCUCCUUUGUUAGGAGGAACAAAAACUAAAAGAUGGUUGUUUCAAUCUGUCAUUCCUCCUGAAGAGUGUAACUAAUUUCCAACUUCCUUGCUAGUAUUGAGGGAUCUCAAUUUAGACAGCAUAAAGAUUGUGGGCAAUUACUUAGAUUUCUCUUCGGGUAUAUAAAGAUUAUAACAACUGCAGUAUUUUUUUCAGUUUAAGAAUAUGGGUAAAGUAUUAACUAUUUUGUUUGUUAAAUACUUCCAAUAUUCUGCUUUAGUAUCAGAAAUGUGAAAGAACUGACCCACAGCAUAUAGAUUUUCUUGUGUAUGUGGUCUUGAGGCCAAUUGUUUACAUUAGUUUGCAGAGAGGGUGGUAAAUGCAUGGAGCCAAUCUUAAUGGUAGAAAAUCUGAGUUGGUUAAACACUUGUCUGAACAUUUGAUUGAUGUAUCUUGUGGGGUGUGAUGCUUCCUGAGAUGAUCCUGCUGUUUGGGUGGUAGGCUGACAGUACAUAGCAAUCAUUGUUGUGUAGUUCAUGUCACUAUUAUUGCAUUCACUGGUGGGGUGGGGGGGAAAGAGAGAAGAAGGGGUUUCCAUCUUCCAAGUGCUCCCGCUUUAUUCUUCAAUCAUAGUGCUUGGUCUGCUAUUUUAUUUAAUCAUUCCUGCUAGUAGCUACCUUUAGUUUCCUCAUAAUCACAAUAUUGCAGUCUAACACUACACUAACAUUCUACAAGUAGAAUUUUAAAAUCUAUAGGUGAUUAUUAGUAGCCUAUCUUUGGCUUACUUUCUGGUGUGCUCAAAUAAGAAAGCUUUGCUUCCGUUGUGGUUAAGUAGCUGAUGUCUAAAUGGUGGGGGUCUCAAGUAGAGAAUGGAUAUUCAGCUUUUCCAAUGAAUGUAAUUGCCUGUAUGCUAUUUCGCUAUAUUAAAAGACCUAUUUCAUUCUGGUAGACCUUUGGAGAAGUUAGCAUGUAAAGCUAUUAAAGUUAAUUUGAACUUGAAUGUUGACCUCCUUUGUUAGGAGGAACAUUGUCCACUUACUAUACUGUAGGAAUGUUAUGCAAUAAAUUACCUUGAAUUUUGA